CUCCCUCUGCAUCUCCUCAAAACCCUAGAGUCCCACUUCCUUCGAAUCCGCCAUGAGCCAUCCUUCUCUCUCAGGCAUUCCCACGAACAUCUGGCGAGCGGACCCGUUUCGCCAUCCUACGCGACGAUGGCGACCCAGAACGACACGCCCAAAUCCGGAUCCGGAGCCAACGUCGAAGCCCCGCCGCCGCCGCCGCCGCAGCGCCACCGCAAGGUGGCCCUGAUCGCCGGCAUUACCGGCCAGGACGGAUCGUACCUCGCCGAGUUCUUGCUCGACAAAGGGUACGAGGUCCACGGCCUGAUCCGUCGCUCCUCCAACCCUAACACCCGACGAGUCGACCACAUCUAUAUCGACCCCCACAACGCCCACAAGGCCCGGAUGAAGCUUCACGACGCCGAUCUCACCGACGGCUCCUCUCUCCGCCGCUGGAUCGACACGAUCUGCCCCGACGAGGUCUACAGCCUCGCCGACCAGUACGAAGUGGCGGUCUCCUUCGAGAUGCCUGGUUACACCGCCGAUGUGGUCGCCACGGCCGCCCUCCAACUCCUCGAGGCCGUGCGCUCUCACGUCUCCGCUACCGGCCGCAGCCACAUCCGUUACUGCCAGGCUGGGUCUUCGGAGAUGUUCGGAUCGAUUCCGCCGCCGCGGUCUUUUGAAUCCGGGACUCGGGGGGAAUACGGAUGGAUCCCGCUGCCGCUGUCUGAGACAACCCCGUUCUACCCGCGGGCCCCCUACGCCGUGUCCAAGUGCGCCGCGCACUGGUACGCCAUGCACUACCGUGAGGCCUACGGGCUGUUCGUGUGCAACGGGAUCCUGUUCAACCACGAGUCCCCGAGGCGGGGCGAGAACUUCCUGAGCCGGAAGAUCACGAGGGCUGUGGGGCGGAUCAAGAUGGGGCUGCAGAGCACGCUGUUCCUGAGGAAGCUGGAGGCCUCCCUGGACUGGGGGUUCGCUGGGGACUACGUGGAGGCGAUGUGGAAGAUGCUGCAGCAAGAAAAGCCGGACGACUACGUGGUGGCGACGGGGCAGUCGCACACGGUGUGGGACUUCUUGAACGUGGCGUUUGGGUAUGUGGGGCUGAAAUGUUGGAACCAUGUGGUGAUCGAUGAUAGGUAUUUCGGGCCAAGGGAGGUCGACACGUUCAAGGGAGAUGCAAGAAAGGCCGAGAAGGUGUUGGGUUGGAAGCCCAGCGUUGGGUUCGAGAACUUGGUGAAGAUGAUGGUCGACGAGGACAUUGAAUUGGCUAAGAGAGAGAAGGUUUUUGUUGAUGCUGGGUACAUGGAUGUCAGCAACUGUCCUGAGUAUUCGGUCCUUAUGGACGAGGCCACCAGUGGCAGAGACCUUUCGAGGAAGCGACUGAAGCAACUUAAGCGCACAAGGUCGGCGAGAUUACCAAAACGACCGAAAUUGGGGUGGUUCGCAUCAUGAUGAGGACUGGCUGAAACAUAGUUGUAGUGCAGAGAAGAUAAGGUAUAUGAUAAAUGCUUUGCUUGGGAUUCUGGUUAUAUACUAUUUUAACUUAUUUGGAGUAUGUUGCCAUGAUUUACCCGUUCCA